AGAGAGAGAGAGAGAGAGAGAGAGAGACACGGAGCUCAGCACAGGGGGGAGCUGUCUGAAAAAACACCACCAACACCCCGAAUAAGAAAAACUGCCCCGGGUUGGUGUCCUUUUCGGCGUAAACAGCUGAUUUGACUUGUUUCAAACCAGAGAUUUGUGUAAAUGGUAAGAACAUAGCGAUAAGGUCCGAGGGAAGUAUAUUUUUUCUGGGUAAAGUCACCUCGCCAAAUGAACUCCGUCAGAGCGAGCAGCAGGAGACCCAGGCGAGUGUCGAGGCCGCGCCCGGUGCAGCCGGAAAGAAACAACGCAGAAGGAGGUGCCAAAUGUGCUUUUGGAAAGGACAGACUGUAAGCCUCUCAGGUGAUCAGUACAUCAGGUAUUGACAGAUGAGGACAUCCCUGCAGAUAUGGUUGCAGAAGAAUCUGGUCCAGGAGCUCAAAACAGUCCAUACCAACUCCGCAGAAAGUCCCUGUUGCCUAAAAGAACCGUGUGCCCCACAAAAAGCAGUAUGGAGGGAGCCUCCACUUCAGCCACAGAAAAUUUUGGUCACAGAGCGAAACGUGCAAGAGUAUCAGGAAAAUCCCAAGACCUGCCAGCCGCCCCUGCAGAGCAGUAUCUCCAAGAGAAGCUUCCAGAUGAAGUCGUUCUAAAGAUCUUCUCCUACCUGCUGGAGCAGGACCUGUGCCAGGCUGCCUGCGUUUGCAAGCGAUUCAGUGAGCUUGCAAAUGACCCCAUUCUCUGGAAGAGACUGUACAUGGAAGUGUUUGAAUACACGCGACCUAUGAUGCAUCCAGAGCCGGGGAAGUUCUACCAAAUCAACCCAGAAGAAUAUGAGCAGCCCAACCCAUGGAAGGAGAGCUUUCAGCAGUUGUAUAAAGGAGCACAUGUAAAGCCUGGAUUUGCAGAACACUUUUAUAGUAAUCCAGCCAGAUAUAAAGGCAGAGAGAAUAUGCUGUAUUAUGACACCAUCGAGGAUGCACUGGGAGGGGUGCAGGAGGCCCAUUUUGAUGGCCUGAUAUUUGUCCAUUCUGGCAUUUACACAGAUGAAUGGAUCUACAUUGAGUCCCCCAUCACAAUGAUUGGCGCAGCCUCAGGGAAGGUAGCUGACAAGGUUGUUAUUGAAAACACUAGAGAUUCAACAUUUGUGUUUAUGGAGGGAUCUGAAGAUGCAUAUGUGGGCUACAUGACCAUCAGAUUCAACCCUGAUGAUAAAUCAGCCCAGCACCAUAAUGCUCACCACUGUUUGGAGAUCACAGUUAACUGCAGUCCCAACAUUGACCACUGUGUCAUCCGCAGCACCUGCACAGUGGGGUCAGCUGUGUGUGUAAGUGGUCAGGGUGCCAGUCCUACCAUCAAACACUGCAACAUCAGUGAUUGUGAAAACGUUGGGCUGUACAUCACUGAUCAUGCUCAAGGUAUUUAUGAAGAUAAUGAAAUCUCAAACAAUGCGCUUGCGGGAAUCUGGGUAAAAAACCACGGCAAUCCUAUCAUCAGACGUAAUCAUAUCCACCACGGCAGAGACGUAGGAGUGUUUACCUUUGACCAUGGCAUGGGCUACUUUGAGAGCUGUAAUAUCCAUAGGAACAGGAUUGCAGGGUUUGAGGUUAAAGCAUAUGCUAACCCGACUGUGGUACGUUGUGAAAUACACCACGGCCAAACAGGGGGCAUCUAUGUACAUGAGAAGGGCAGAGGCCAGUUCAUAGAAAAUAAAAUCUAUGCCAAUAACUUUGCUGGUGUAUGGAUCACCUCAAACAGUGACCCAACUAUAAGGGGAAAUGCCAUCUUUAACGGCAACCAAGGAGGCGUUUACAUAUUUGGUGAUGGGAGGGGCCUCAUUGAGGGAAAUGAUAUUUAUGGAAAUGCCCUUGCUGGCAUUCAGAUCAGAACGAACAGCUGUCCUAUAGUGAGACACAACAAGAUUCAUGACGGGCAGCAUGGAGGAAUCUAUGUGCAUGAAAAAGGCCAGGGUGUAAUAGAGGAGAAUGAGGUGUACAGCAACACUCUGGCAGGUGUGUGGGUGACUACAGGAAGCACGCCAGUGCUCAGGAGGAACAGGAUACACAGCGGCAAACAGGUUGGGGUGUAUUUCUACGACAACGGACACGGAGUACUGGAAGAUAAUGAUAUCUACAAUCACAUGUACUCUGGAGUCCAGAUCAGAACUGGAAGCAAUCCAAAAAUCAGAAGAAACAAAAUUUGGGGAGGGCAAAAUGGGGGCAUCCUUGUUUACAACUCGGGGCUGGGCUUCAUCGAGGACAAUGAGAUCUUUGAUAAUGCCAUGGCGGGGGUGUGGAUUAAGACGGACAGCAACCCCACGCUGCGCAGGAAUAAGAUCCAUGAUGGUCGGGAUGGGGGCAUUUGCAUAUUCAAUGGUGGGAGGGGGUUGUUGGAAGAAAAUGACAUCUUCAGGAAUGCACAGGCUGGUGUUCUCAUCAGCACAAACAGCCACCCGGUAUUGCGGAAGAACCGGAUAUUUGACGGUUUUGCUGCAGGCAUUGAAAUCACGAACCAUGCCACAGCAACUUUGGAAGGCAAUCAGAUAUUCAACAAUAGAUUUGGAGGCUUAUUUCUAGCCUCUGGUGUCAACGUUACAAUGAAAGAUAAUAAAAUCAUGAACAAUCAAGAUGCCAUAGAAAAGGCUGUAAGCAGAGGUCAGUGCCUGUACAAGAUUUCCAGUUACACCAGCUACCCCAUGCACGAUUUCUACAGGUGUCACACCUGUAACACAACAGACAGAAAUGCAAUUUGUGUGAAUUGUAUUAAGAAGUGCCACCAAGGUCAUGAUGUGGAGUUUAUACGGCAUGAUAGGUUUUUCUGUGAUUGUGGAGCGGGUACGUUGUCCAAUCCUUGCACAUUGGCUGGAGAGCCAACCCAUGACACAGACACUCUGUAUGACUCCGCACCUCCCAUAGAAUCCAACACGUUACAGCACAACUGAGAUCGAACACAUCCUCCAUCACAGCACCCUGGUCUUUCUUACCUGCCUACAAAUCCAGUGCGCCUGCCAUUUCUGGGCCAGAGAGACCUGAUGUGCGAAGUGUGUUUGGAUUACUAAAGUGUCAGACUAUGAAUGAAUCAUUUUAAUAGAAACUAUCUUUGGAAAGAUAAAAUGCAGAACUCCGAAACUGUGUAAAGCUGCCUCAGUACUGGAUGCAGACUCUUGUAUUUCGCUGACUUGAUGCAAAUGGAUUCAAGGAAUUCUAAUUACUUCACUCUCAGCGUACAAAGAAAUGAUGGUUGGGAGAACAACAGAAAAUAUGGAAGAGUAAAAUAUUGUGAAGCAAUAUGUUGACUCAGGAUUUUGGAGAUUAUGGAGGUCGGCGCCACAGUAGUAUUGAGAUUGGAAGGGGAGUAGACUUGCUUCGGUCCUUCCAACUGCAUAGCCCUAUGCUGCGCGCCUGCCCUGUGCAACUUUAGUGCUAUGUGGAGAUUCAAAAAGAGUUCUGCUGCAGUUUACGUACAGACCUGAGCGUGAUCAGAGCAACUAGGAAUUAUAGAUAGUGGUUUCUCAGAAUAAAGGCAGAGCCAUACCACUAUGGCUUCCUCCGACUGUUUUCUGACAGCAAAUGUGCUGAGAUAUAUGUAUGUGUGUGUGUGUAUAUAUAUAUAUAUAUAUAUAUAUAUACACAAACACACACAUACAUACACACACACAUAUAUAUAUGUGUGUGUAUGUGUGUGUGUGUGUAUAUAUAUAUAUAUAUAUAUAUAUAUAUAUAUAUAUAUAUAUAUAUAAAUAUACACAUACAUAUGUAUAUUAAAAAAAUGUGAUUAGCACUUGCUUUUUUUUUAAAUAUGUUAAUACGUUAUUCUGAUCUACAAAUAUGAUUUUAAUGCUUUCUCAUGUAGUUUUGUAUUUUCGGGCAAAAAAAAUCUUACUGUAUUUGAAUGUCUUUUAUUUUAUUAUAUAUUGUUAUUAUUGUUAUUAAUAUUUUUUGUUAGCACACAUUAGGUUAGCUGUAAUCAUACUCGCGUCUCAGCAUAAAGUUCUUUCUGUGAAAGAGGAAUAACAAAGAAAAGAUCAGAAAACUAACACUAAAUUGUCCUCCAGCAUUUUAUUUUUUAAUAAGUUUACCUUUUUAAGUUAUCUUCUUUUAAGUGACUUAUUGAUGUGUAGAACUUUGUUCAACUUACAGUUGUGCAGGUUCAGGAGUGUUUGCAUCAUCUUUGUUGCUGCCAUUAUUAGAAAAAGGGUUAUUUUUACCUAUUGUAUUUAUCUCUAAUAGUUCCCUUUCUAAAUAUUUGGAGCUAUAGUCUCCAAGCAGUUUGAAGUGUUAACCAAGGGCCCAAAGAAUUGUGAAACAUGUUUGACCAUUAAUCUUGAGCUGAAUGUAAAAACAAUAGUUUUAUUUAAAACAAUCCUAAAAACAUAUCAUUUAAUGUCCAUGUGGCCAUAGAAAAUGAACACCACUUUUCUGAUUUUUUUAUUUUUACUGUAUUGUUUUGGGCCCAUGGCCUUACUUGUGCCUGUAUGGUAUAGAGUUUGAAAAACCUUGCUGGAGUUGGUUAUGUUGGAGGCCUUUGGCCUCUUUGAAUCUGAGACAAGUAUCUUUACAGCCCCAUUGUCUUUUUGCCCCUCAAACUCCAUCUAUGUGUAUUGUGGUGACUGUGGCUACUCAUGCAGCCUGAAUUUUAUGCAUGUGUACCAUAACAUCUAGACUUAAUAUAUUGUGAAGUCUUCAAUAACCAUUAUGUAGAUGCUAGUAUGAAUUUAAAAAGGGUUUCAUUUCCUAUAAAAGGACAGAAACUGGUCAUUUUUAAGAAAAUAAACUUUAUUAGAUCAAA